AGAUGUCAAAUCAUUAACGAAAAGCCGGUUCAGAAACCUCAUAAUUUAUUUAAUUUUAAACUUAUCCGAAGUAAAUAGCUCCUCUAUUUAAGUCAAGUAUUUAAAUAGUCGAGGUUAUUAUUACGAUGACGGCGUUUGAAGAAUUUGGUGUUCUACCUGAGAUUGCAAAGGCGAUAGAAGAAUUAGAUUGGACAUUACCAACUGAUAUUCAAGCUGAAGGCAUCCCAUUAGUUUUGGGUGGAGGAGAUGUUCUUAUGGCUGCAGAAACAGGCAGUGGAAAAACUGCGGCAUUUUGUCUACCAAUUAUUCAAAUUGUUUGGGAAACUUUAAAAGAUAUAGAAUCUGGGAAAAGUGUAAAAGCUUCUCAUACAUGUAUUAUAUAUUUAUUGUUUUUUUUUUUACAAUUUAAGUUUAAAUAUUUUUUAGCACCACCAUGGACGAUGUCGAUGGUGGAUAGAGGCAGUGCUAUAGCUGUAACACCUUGUGGAUUAAGGGUACAGUCUCGAGAACAACGUGAAUGGCAUGGAACUAGAUGUACCAGAGGGGUUUUAUCAGGAAAAUGGGGGUUUGAAGCUCUUGUUACUGAUGAGGGAUUAUGUAGAGUUGGUUGGUCUACUUUAGCAGCCAAUUUAGAUUUAGGAACAGAUAGAUUUGGUUAUGGUUUUGGAGGAACCGGUAAAAAAUCGAAUAAUCGUCAAUUUGAUGAUUAUGGAGAAGCUUUUGGAAAAAGCGACGUUAUAAGUUGCUUAAUCGAUUUAGAUAAUGGUUAUAUUAAGUUUUUAAAAAAUGGCGUAGAUUUAGGAAACGCUUUCCAAAUUCCAAAAAAUAAUAAUUCACCAUUUUUUCCAGCUGUAGUUUUAAAGAAUGCAGAAAUGCAAUUUAAUUUUGGUGAAAAACCAUUUAAAUACACUUUACCAGCCCCUUACAAACCAAUUAAUUCUUGUCCUGUGGAUGUAGUAGUAUCAAACACAAAUGGAUCUGUUAAUACAGAAACAUUAAAAACUAUUAACAACGCCCCCCAAGCAAUAAUAAUAGAACCAUCUCGCGAAUUAGCUGAACAAACUUGCGAGCAGAUAAAAAAAUUUAAAAAGUAUUUAGAAGCACCAAAAAUUCGAGAAUUACUUGUAAUUGGCGGUGUUAACGUUAAAGAUCAAAUAUCUGCUUUACAAUCAGGUGUUGAUAUAAUCGUUGCGACACCCGGUCGAUUAGAAGAUUUAAUUCAAGGUGGUUAUGUUAUGUUAACACACUGUCGUUUCUUUGUACUCGAUGAAGCUGAUGGUUUAUUAAAGCAAGGUUAUACUGAAUUAAUUGAACGUUUACAUCGACAAAUGCCGAAAAUAACUGCGGAUGCACGUCGAUUACAAAUGAUUGUAUGCAGCGCUACGUUACAUGCUUUUGAAGUUAAAAAAAUGGCCGAUAAAUUAAUGCAUUUUCCAACGUGGGUCGAUUUAAAAGGCGAAGACGCCGUACCGGAAACGGUUCAUCACGUUGUUGUUAUGGUUGAUCCACAAAAAGAUAAAUCAUGGACAAAUUUAAAAAGGCAUUUAAUAACAGAUGGGGUUCACGCCGAAGAUAAUGUUAGACCUGGGAACAAUACGGCUGAAACUUUGAGUGAAGCUGUUAAAAUGUUAAAAGGGGAAUAUUGUAUUAAAGCUAUUAAUGAACAUAAAAUGGAUAAAGCCAUUAUUUUUUGUCGAACUAAAUUGGAUUGCGAUAAUUUGGAGAAAUAUAUGAAGCAAAUUGAUAGGAAUUUUUACACCUGCGUUUGUUUGCAUGGCGAUCGAAAACCGCACGAAAGAAAAAGCAAUUUGGAAGCUUUUAAACAAGGGAAAGUUAAAUUUUUAAUUUGUACGGAUGUGGCAGCUCGUGGUUUGGAUAUUUCUGGAUUACCAUUUAUGAUUAAUGUUACUCUUCCUGAUGAAAAAUCAAAUUAUGUACAUAGAAUUGGACGUGUUGGUCGUGCUGAAAGAAUGGGAUUAGCUAUUAGUUUAGUUAGUUCAAUUCCUGAGAAGGUUUGGUAUCAUGGUGAAUGGUGCAAAAGUCGCGGUCGAAACUGUUGGAACACCAACCUAACAGACGUUAAGGGUUGUUGUAUUUGGUAUAACGAACCACAAUAUUUAGCGGAUAUUGAAGAUCAUUUAAAUAUAACAAUUCAACAAGUUGAGCCUGAUUUUAAAAUUCCUUGUGAUGAAUUUGAUGGAAAAGUUGUUUAUGGUCAAAAAAGACAACAGCAAGGUACAGGUUAUGUUACUCAUACAGCCCAAAUGGUACCAAUUGUUCAAGAAUUAAGUAAGCUUGAAAGUCAGGCGCAAAUUUUGUAUUUGGAAAGACAUUUAAGUGCUGGAAGAAAAUGAAUUUUGAAAUACUUUGAUUUGAAUAUUUAAAGGAAAAAUAAAAUAUAACUUAAACAAA